AUGGAGGAAUUUCUGUUUGUUAAAGCAUUCGGCAAGGCUGUGAAAAAAAAAAAAAAACAACUAACCCUCUUUUUGUCCGGAACGCGGAGAGCCGACCCCGCGGAGGGGUGCCCCUUCCCACGCGGGGAGCGCCCGCGGCCGCCCUGUUCCCAACCGGGGAGCUCGGCGAAACCGGCGCGCGGGUCCCCGCCGUCGGUCCGUCCCGUCGGUCCGUCCCGUCGGACCCCGCAACUUUUCGGGCAGCCGGUCGGUGGCUGCCGCGGGGACCCGCCGGAGCGGGACCGCGUCCCGGCCGGGGGGCCGGUGCUGCCGGGUGAAUGCGCUGCUCCACCGAAACGCAGCUCCUUAAAGCCACCCACCGACUCGCCAUCGCUUCUCCAAGUCCCCCCCCCACCCCGGUCCCCAGCAGAAAGGCGGCCGCGUCCCCCCAACGCUGACACCCCCUCCCCCCCCUGUCCCGUGCCUGCCGUCGGGGCUGUGAACUUUCCGGUGGGCCCAGCGGUUCCUGAGCCCCCCCCCCCCCCACCUCAUCACGCGUGUAUCCCGAAGGUAGCCGAGCGGUUUGGGGGGUCCCUUCCCCACCCCCCCUCCCUUUGCCCUCCACGAAAGCGCUUUGCUGGGCGCGCAGGUGUGCGUGUGAGGGAGCGGAGAGGAGCGCCGGGAGGCCCAGUUUGGCAACGUUCGACGAGGGCGCUCUUAACCUUUGGAGCAAGGGCUUUGGGUUCAAACGGCCCCCUUCGCUGCCCCCCUAUCUCCCCCCCCACACACACACACACGUUGCGAGGAUGGAUUUGGCUGCAUCUGGGACCGGAGCAUCUGUCUCCCAAGGCCUCCCUCUACCUCGGGCUACGCCACCAGGGGAUUCGGGACAAUAGCUGGAGUGGAUUAUUCAUUCCCGUAGGCAAUACUUCCCUGUAUGGGCUUCAGGAUGCAGUUGGAGGCUCGGGAACAAAGAGGGCAUCUAAUGUCAAGGCUCCUUCCGAGGAAGAAAUCAUUCUGCCGGGACCCAGCGCCUGGACUUUGGAGGGCAUGGCACCACGGUCUGAUCUGAAAGCACCCUCCCUGUGGGUGGAAACUCUCCUCUGUGUCGUGCACCUUGCACGAAAGGCAGCGAGGGGACACUUGGGGUGACCAGGCAUCUGUGGCAUCAAGGAGCAGCAAUCCCCUUCAUGCUGCUGCGGAGGGGAGUUUGUUCCCAGACCGAAUACUUAGCGGUGCUCAGUACCGGUGUCGAAUCGGUUUGAACCCUCCCAAGUCUCAAAUAAAGACCUCCGUUGUGGCA